CUAUCACAAAUGCUACGCCUCCCGAGAAGCACGAGGCAGCCGAGCGAGCCGAGCCCCCUCUUCGUCGCCCGUUUCCGCCCCCUUUUGGCCUCGUGCCCGCAGUCGUGUGAGAUCUCUUGGCACCUGUCCCUGACCCGACCGGCUGCAGUCUCAAAUCAUGGCCGCUCUAGUUCUUUCAGUGGGUGGACGCCAGUCUUUCAGGUCUCUUGGCUUGUGUGGCCGGAUUUUCUACAGGAAUAUGAGCUCAUCGUAUCUGGUGGAUAACAAGGACGCCAAAUACGAAUUUUUGAGGGAUCUUGGCCUCCAGAGUGUCAACGAUGGUGUCUUCAAUGGAAAAUGGGGUGGACGUGGUGAGGUAGUCACGUCCAUCUGCCCAGCCAACAACAAGCCGAUCGCCCAGGUACGGACCGCCAGCCCGGAGGACUACCAGGAGACCAUCAAGGCGUCCCAGGAGGCCUGGCAGGUGUGGGCCGACCUGCCCGUUCCCAAGCGGGGAGAGAUCGUGCGUCAGAUUGGCGACGCGCUGCGCCGCUACCUGGACCCGCUCGGCCGACUGGUCUCCAUCGAAAUGGGUAAGAUCGUGCCGGAGGGUAUCGGUGAGGUGCAGGAGUACGUCGACAUCUGCGACUACGCCGUCGGCCUGUCGCGCAUGAUUGACGGCAAGGUGUUUCCGUCGGAGCGGCCCAACCACGCGCUGCUCGAGUGCUACAACCCGCUCGGCGUGGUCGGCGUCAUCUCGGCCUUCAACUUCCCCUGCGCCGUCUACGGCUGGAACAGCGCCAUCGCCAUGACGUGCGGCAACACGGUGCUGUGGAAGGGCGCUCCGAGCACGCCGCUCGUCUCCGUGGCCAUCACCCGCAUCGUGCAGCGGGUGCUGGAGACGAACAGCCUGCCGGGUGCCAUCUGCUCCCUGGUCCAGGGCGGCACCGACGUCGGCAAGCUGAUGGCGGCCGACGAGCGCAUUGGCCUGCUCUCCUUCACCGGCAGCACGGCCGUGGGACGACAGGUGGCCCUGGACGUCCAGUCGCGGUUCGGCCGCUUCCUGCUGGAGCUCGGAGGCAACAACGCCAUCCUUGUGGACGCCGACGCGGACGUUACGAUGGUGGUACGCGCGGCGCUGUUCGCCUGCGUGGGCACGGCUGGCCAGCGGUGUACGACCACCCGGCGACUGGUGCUGCACGAGAGCCUACACGAUCAGGUGGUGGCCGGCCUGGCCAAGGCCUACGCCCAGGUGCGGAUCGGCGACCCCCUGGAUGACGGCACUCUGUACGGACCCAUGCACUCGCAGCAGGGCGUGGAGGCCUACAAAAAGGCGGUCGCUGAGGCUGUCGAGCAGGGCGGAAAGAUUGAGUACGGAGGGAAGGUGCUGGAGCGCGAGGGGAACUACGUGGAGCCGACCAUCAUCACCGGCCUGGCACACGACGCGCCGGUCGUGCAGAAGGAGACGUUUGCGCCGAUCGUGUACGUGUUGAAGACGAGCUCCAUGGACGAGGCGAUCCGGUGGAACAACGAGGUGAAGCAGGGCCUGUCCAGCUCCAUCUUCACGCAGAACCUCGGCACCAUCUUCAAGUGGCUGGGACCGAAGGGCUCCGACUGCGGUAUCGUCAACGUCAACAUCCCCACCUCGGGUGCCGAGAUCGGCGGCGCGUUCGGCGGCGAGAAGCACACGGGCGGCGGACGCGAGUCGGGCUCGGACGCCUGGAAACAGUACAUGCGCCGAUCCACCUGCACUAUCAACUAUGGCACCGAGCUGCCGCUGGCGCAGGGCAUCAAGUUCGAGUGAACGCGUGCUGAGAGACCUGAUACCGCGGGCUGUGCGGAAACGGAGGUGACCGCAGCGAAGACAAAACGAGCCCGCGGUGGAGAGAAUGUUAAGCUGGUGGAGAGAUCAGUUUGUACCGACUCAAGGACGCACGUACGGGGUUUGAUAUCGAGCUUUUUGUAACCGGAGCGCUGUGCUGCGGGCGAUUUUGAUAUUUGCAUGCCGGUUCAGUCUGAGAAAAGGCGUAUUUUCUGAUGUGCGAAAAUAUGUUCAGAUCUGACCAGCAGUCGCUGUUUCUGACAUCUGAUCUGACAGCUGAAGUUGAUACGUAAACAUGUGUAGUGCAAUAGAAGCGUUAGGCUAUUGCUUGACAAUCAAGUGCCAAAUGAAUCGCGCUGGUUACUACUUUUGAUAGAAUAUACUGGCGUUACGUGAC